AUGAAUGGCUGGGGCUAUGUUGUUUUUCGAGCCUAUACCGACCCGCUGAACAACCCAUCGUCAUCGACAUCGAUGAACCCUCCUUCGAUUCCGCCGCCGCCGCCUCCGCCGCCUCCUCUGAACAUUCCGCCCUCGCGGGCUCGUCUGCAGCUGGCGGCGCGGCUUGCCAUGCACCAGAAAUCCAGUGGUGGCGGUGACGGGCACGGAGACGACGGUGAGGAUGAGGACGUUCACCGGCCCGGGUCGCGCGACGAACCUGAUCGAAACCGUAAUCCGUUUGCCGAUGACGAGGACGACGACGUCGACAGCGACGACGAGGAUGAUGGGCGCUCGGGAGGCCGAACAGCUAAUGCGGUGACGAACACGUGGGGUGCCUCGGCGCGCGGUUCCUGGUGGCGUGGCAUGGUGCGGAGAAAGCAGAACGAGCGGUUCGAAACGGCGGAGGAUUCAGACUCGGAGCGUGAAGGCGACGACGAUGACGAGGAGUUUGGCGACUUUGCCAUGCCCGAGGUUGAGUCAGCGCCCGGCACGGAUCCCAACGAGAAGGUACUGCUCAAGCCGUUGGCCGUGCAUCCCGGGGGCAGCCAGGUGCAGGGCAAGACGGCUUUCAACGGGCUGUGGCCAUUCGGGACCAAGGACGAGAAGGAUGAGACGGCCGGCGCAGAGCUGCAUGAUGACAAGAGGGAGAAGGAAGAGGGCAGCGGAGAAGACGUCGGACCAAUGACAGCGCGGGAGAACAGGGUGCAGGAGGCAGUUGAAGCCAAGCGACGGACGAGCAUCGAGGAUCCGGAUGAGGAGGAGGUUGUGGUGCAGAAGCCAACGAGCGUGUGA